AUGGAGAAAAUGUUGGCUGUGUUACCUUGUACUGAUGCACAAAAGGUUAUCUUCGCUACCUUUAAGUUAACAGGGGAGGUCAAGCGCUGGUGGCAAGCAGUAAAGCUAUUAGAGGAAAAGCAGGCAGUACCUGCGGAUAUGACUUGGAGUCGAUUUAAGGAGCUUUUCUACAAUCGGAUGGAUCCAAAAGGAAAUAGUGCACAUGCGAGUGGCAGUGAUGGAGCAGGACCACCAGGUGCAACUGGGACUGACUCUGACCCGUACGCUGCGAAGUUCAUGGAGCUAUCCCGUUUUGCACCUUUUAUGGUUCCAGAUGAGUUCCAGAAGGCGAGGUGGUUUGAGAGGGGAUUGAAACCGAGAAUUCACGAGCAAGUGGCAGUCCUGAAGGUGCGGAGCUUUUCAGAACUAGUGGAUAGAGCCACCAUGCAAGAAUUGAGUCUGUAG